GAACUGUGUUUUACCUCAUUUACAUCGGCAAAGGGCAAAUGAAGGUUUUCAGUUUGAGUCACCGUUUGACAUAUGACAGAUAACGGGCUGACACACUUCAGUCUCUGCUCACAGUGUCCAAGUGUCAGCUUCACAAGAUGAAUGGCUUUUGCUUCACUACUUUGACACUGUUCUUCCUUCUCCAAUCCAUCGACCUCAUCCGGUGUCUUCAAUGCAACUCAACGCAAUAUUCAAGGCCGAGUAAAAACCCUACGUUCUGCUGCAACAUGUGUAAACCAGGAACGUACAUGGAAAAACGUGACGAAAACACAUGUCAUAUCCAAUGUGUUAACUGCACUGGAAGACGCUACGCAGACACAUAUCAAGCCAGUUCUUGUAAACGCUGCAGCGACUGUGAGACAGAUAACAUGGAACUGGAUUCUCCGUGUAACAGCACUCAUGACACAUCCUGCAAGUGCAAAGCGGGAUUUAAAUGCAGAGACAGCACGUGCACAGAUUGUAUAAAGUCAACAUCCACAACAACGCCAUCCACCAUCCUCCGCAGAACUACAGUGGUCCCUACAAAACCUAUCCAAGAUACGGUUUGGUUCACGAUUAUCAUCUGUCUGUUGUGUUUUGCUAUCAUUCUGGGGAUUGUGACAAAGAGCAAACCUCUGCUCAACUGGUUCUCACACAGCAAACAGUACUGCAAAAAAAACUUGUCAGUGCCAGCCACAGUGUUCAUGCAUGAUGAAGAAGAGGAGGAGGAUGAAGAAGCCAGUACACCCGUCCAGGAAAUGUUCAGCAAAUUUGACCAGCCCAUCGAAGUGUGAGACAAAACUAAACCAUGACUCAAAAAGCAGAGAUAAGAGACCUGAUAAUACGUAUCUAAAAUUACUUUGAAAACCGGAGCUGUAUCUGAACUAAAGUGCAGUUUCCUGAGAGGAAGGAGAAACGGUACCUCAGAUAAGAGUGAAGCAAGUGUUGGUUUGCACUAUGGUGUAAUAUGGUAUGUGUGGUACACUAUACAUGAAUUUACUUUUGUAUAUAAAGACUGAGCCUCAAGUAUGGAUGUUAAACAGACUUACAGAAUUGUACAUUUAAUAAAACUACAACUGUACCUAUCAGAA